GCUGUAGAGCCACUAACUGUCGUGGUUUCUGGAACGUGGAGAAGUCAGAAUUAUUUAAGGAACACAGAGACUGAAGAUUCUACAACAGUUUCAAGUUGACGGAUUUCCUUGGCUACCAACCAUAAUGGCGGUUUACUUCGCUAGUGAUAACAUUCCCCCGGUGUACGACUGGGAUUACCGCGAAUUUGAGGGGGACAUCACUCAUACCCGCAGUCCUUUACUUCGUAACAGAAAUAUAGGCCCUAGUGUUGAUACUGUUUCCUUGGGGUUUACAUGGGCCAACUGUCUUAUAUAUUGCCUUUUGGCCAUGAUGUUGGUAUUUCUGUAUAUCAUACCCUAUGGCAUCGUUGGCCCGAGCGAUCCAAACCCAUAUCAGACUCAAGGUUCCAGACAUAAAGAUGUAGUACCAAUAUCUUGGUUUCCUUCGUCCAUUAUCCGAGUAAACAGGGCCUUACCUGACAAAGUCUACGCCUCCAGCCCGGAAGUAGUCUUAAGCGAAAGUGAUUCGAUGUUCUUCCAAUGGCAGAUGCCGAGCUCCGAGGCAACGUCAUGUCAUAUUGGGAUUACUGUUCCUAGCCCAGAAGAAAGGCGCGUUGCUAACCAGAUGUAUAUUUCAUCUGGUCCUCUCCAUGCCAGUGAGAUCGAGAUAUGGAAUGUCACCUCUUUCGAACCUAUGCCGAGCCUCAGCUGGAACACGCGCCCAAGGCGGAUUUCAUUCAUGGGCACAGUGGAAUUUCCUCUAGGACAUACAACGAUUGAUCAGCAGGAGGUAGAAGACGGCAGGCAGCUAUUUUCCUCGGAACCGAGGUUUUCGUGUGGUGAAAACGCAACAUACACGAUCGAACUAGCUUGUGGUGCAUGUAGGAUUAAAUUCAAACAGGUACCAUCCAGUUCUACAUUGGCGUUCAACUUGAUCCAGUUCGGAUAAGUGCUAUACGUACAUGACGUAGAAUUGCGAUGUUGGUGAUCACACUAGCCUCGUGUUACAGAUGGACUUGUGUGUGGCAGUACGGCCAUGUUCCGAACGACAGCCUUCUGUAGAUUAUGAUAGCGAAGAAGAUGGGUGGUUCCAUACCGAUGUGUUCCUGUGGUGCUGCAUAUGUGACUCGCAAUGUCCACCAAA